CUUCUCCAACUGCGUGCAGCAGCGAGACCUCCCGGUUAGGAUGGUGGCCACUUCCUGUCUGUCUCGCCUCACUCCUGGAGGGGAUCUUGUAGUGACACUCCCUCACCCCUAGCCCCAAAGACCUUCUGCCCAAAGGGGAGUCUAAGGAAACAUCUGUAUGGAUUGUUUCAUUACAGCCCCACGAUGCUUGGAUUUGAAUCACUUCCAGAUCCCACGGACACCUGGGAAAUUAUAGAGACCAUAGGUAAAGGCACCUAUGGCAAGGUCUACAAGGUAACCAACAAGAGAGAUGGGAGCCUGGCUGCAGUAAAAAUUCUGGAUCCAGUCAGUGAUAUGGAUGAAGAGAUUGAGGCAGAAUACAACAUUUUGCAGUUUCUUCCUAAUCACCCCAACGUCGUGAAGUUUUACGGGAUGUUUUACAAAGCAGAUCACUGUGUGGGAGGACAGCUGUGGCUGGUCCUGGAGCUGUGUAACGGGGGCUCAGUCACCGAGCUUGUCAAAGGGCUGCUCAGGUUCGGCCAGCGGUUGGACGAAGCGGUGAUCUCAUACAUCUUAUAUGGGGCCCUACUGGGCCUUCAGCAUUUGCACAAUAACAGAAUCAUCCACCGCGAUGUCAAGGGGAAUAACAUUCUUCUGACAACAGAAGGAGGAGUUAAGCUCGUUGACUUCGGUGUGUCAGCCCAGCUCACCAACACACGUCUGCGGAGAAACACGUCGGUCGGCACCCCGUUCUGGAUGGCCCCCGAGGUUAUCGCCUGUGAGCAACAGUAUGACUCUUCCUAUGACGCACGCUGUGACGUCUGGUCCUUGGGGAUUACAGCUAUUGAGCUGGGGGAUGGAGACCCUCCCCUCUUUGACAUGCAUCCUGUGAAAACGCUCUUUAAGAUUCCAAGAAAUCCUCCACCUACUUUACUUCAUCCGGAAAAAUGGUGUGAGGAAUUCAACCACUUUAUUUCACAGUGUCUCAUUAAGGAUUUUGAAAAGCGGCCUUCCGUCACACAUCUCCUAGACCACCCAUUCAUUCAAGGAGUCCACGGGAAGGUUUUGUUUCUGCAAAAACAGCUGGCCAAGGUCCUCCGAGACCAGAAGCAUCUAAACCCUGUUGUUAAAAGCAGGCGUGAAAGGAUGCAUACCAGAAGACCCUAUCAUGUGGAAGAUGCUGAAAAAUACUGCCUUGAGGAUGAUUUGGUCAAUCUAGAGGUUCUGGAUGAGGAUACAAUUAUUCAUCAGUUGCAGAAGCGGUAUGUGGACUCGCUGAUUUAUACAUACGUUGGAGACAUCUUAAUUGCCUUAAACCCUUUCCAGAAUCUAAGCAUAUACUCUCCACAGUUUUCCAGACUUUAUCAUGGAGUGAAACGUGCCUCAAAUCCCCCCCACAUCUUUGCAUCAGCAGAUGCUGCUUACCAAUGCAUGGUUACUUUCAGCAAAGACCAGUGCAUUGUCAUCAGCGGAGAGAGUGGCUCUGGGAAGACAGAAAGCGCCCACCUGAUUGUCCAGCAUUUGACUUUCUUGGGAAAGGCCAACAACCAGACCUUGAGACAGAAAAUUCUGCAAGUCAACUCACUGGUGGAAGCCUUUGGAAAUGCAUGCACUGCCAUCAAUGACAAUUCCAGCCGUUUUGGAAAAUAUCUGGAAAUGAUGUUUACACCAACUGGAGCUGUGAUGGGGGCAAGAAUCUCUGAAUAUCUCCUGGAAAAGUCCAGAGUUAUAAAACAGGCAGUGGGAGAGAAAAAUUUUCACAUAUUCUACUAUAUUUAUGCUGGUCUUUAUCACCAAAAGAAACUUUCUGAAUUCAAGCUUCCUGAAGAAAUGCCUCCUAGGUACAUAGCUGAUGAGACUGGAAGGGUGAUACAGGACAUCACCUCCAAGGAGUCUUACAGAAGACAGUUUGAAGCAAUUCAGCACUGUUUCAGGAUUAUAGGCUUCACUGACAAGGAGGUGCACUCAGUGUACAGAAUUUUGGCUGGGAUUUUGAAUAUUGGGAACAUUGAGUUUGCAGCUAUUUCUUCUCAACAUCAGACGGAUAAAAGUGAGGUGCCCAACGCUGAAGCUUUGAAAAAUGCUGCCUCUGUUCUCUGCAUCAGCCCUGAAGAGCUCCAGGAGGCCCUCACUUCACACUGUGUGGUCACCCGAGGAGAGACCAUCGUCCGUGCCAACACUGUUGACAGGGCCGCGGAUGUCCGAGAUGCCAUGUCCAAAGCCCUGUAUGGGAGGCUCUUCAGCUGGAUUGUAAAUCGCAUCAAUACACUCCUGCAGCCAGACAAAAACAUAUGCAGUGCAGAUGAUGGUAUGAAUGUGGGGAUAUUGGAUAUUUUUGGAUUUGAGAACUUUCGGAGAAACUCAUUUGAGCAGCUCUGCAUAAACAUCGCCAAUGAGCAAAUCCAGUACUAUUUCAAUCAGCACGUUUUUGCCCUCGAGCAGAUGGAAUAUCAGAACGAGGGCAUCGACGCAACGCCUGUGGAGUAUGAGGACAAUCGGCCACUCUUGGACAUGUUCCUUCAGAAACCCCUGGGGCUACUUGCACUUUUGGAUGAGGAAAGUCGGUUCCCCCAAGCAACCGAUCAGACCCUGGUUGAUAAAUUUGAAGCUAAUCUACGAUGCAAGUAUUUCUGGAGACCCAAGGGAGUGGAGCUGAGCUUCGGCAUUCGGCACUAUGCUGGCCAGGUAUCGUAUGAUGCUUCUGGGGUUCUUGAGAAAAACAGAGACACUCUCCCUGCUGAUGUGGUUGUAGUCCUGAGAACGUCAGAAAACAAGCUUCUUCAGCAACUCUUCUCAAUCCCUUUAACUAAAACAGGUAACUUGGCUCAGACAAGAGCCAGAAUAACAGCAGCCUCAAGAUCUUUGCCUCCACAUUUCGGUACUGGGAGAGCCAAGGUAGACACUCUGGAAGUAAUACGGCAUCCAGAAGAAACCACCAACAUGAAGAGACAGACCAUGGCUUCUUACUUCCGGUAUUCUCUGAUGGAUCUGCUCUCCAAAAUGGUGGUUGGACAGCCCCACUUCGUGCGCUGCAUUAAACCCAAUGAUGAUCGAGAGGCCCUGAAGUUCUCUCAAGAGAGAGUGCUGGCCCAACUCCGCUCCACAGGGAUCCUGGAGACAGUCCGAAUCCGGCAGCAGGGGUAUUCCCACCGCAUCCUCUUUGAAGAGUUUGUGAAAAGGUAUUAUUACUUGGCAUUCAGAGCACAUCAAACCCCUCUUGCUAGCAAAGAGAGCUGUGUGGCUAUCUUGGAAAAGUCCAGACUAGAUCACUGGAUGCUGGGAAAAACAAAGGUUUUUCUCAAAUAUUAUCAUGUUGAGCAGUUAAAUUUGCUACUGCGAGAAGUCAUAGGCAGAGUGGUUGUUCUACAGGCAUAUACCAAGGGGUGGCUUGCAGCCAGGAGAUACAAAAGAGUCAGAGAGAAGAGGGAGAAGGGGGCCGCUGCCAUCCAGUCAGCCUGGAGAGGAUAUGAUGCUCGGAGGAAAUUUAAGAAAAUAAGCAACAGAAGGAGUGAGUCUGCUGUUCAUAUUCAAGCAGGGCACCCUUCAGACCAAAGCAGUGAUCCACAGCUGGUUGUCACAGGAGGCUCCAGGGGAAGUACCCAAGUUCAAGACUGCCAUGAGCCCAGUGACCACAAAGGUCUGAGGGGCCUUCCAGAUCACAAAAGCAGUCCACACGCUGAAUCCAACAGUGGUCAUGCAGAGACUUCAAGCUCUCCUUCUGUCACUGAGAAAAAUCGGCAUUCACAAGCCCAGAGCUCUCCAAAAGGGUACGAUGUCUUCACAGGAUAUCCAAAUAAGCACGCAGUCUCUGGGACUGAUUUGCUGUCUUCUGGAUUGUGCCAUGCUGCUGCUCCAGGUCACCCGGGACCGGGUCCCUCAAGGGGAGCCCCUGCAAAACCUGGUUCAGAAAAUGGUCUUGCACAGAAGCAGCCAACACCCCGCCGAAGAUGUCAGCAGCCCAAAAUGCUGAGUAGCCCCGAGGACACCAUGUACUAUAACCAGUUAAAUGGAACUCUAGAAUAUCAAGGGAGCAAGAGGAAGCCAAGAAAACUUGGCCAAGUCAAAGUGCUUGAUGGUGAAGAUGACUACUACAAGUCUCUGUCACCUGUGGACUCGAUCCCAGAGGAAGAUAACUCAGCCCUCCCUUUCUUUUUUCCCUCGUCCUCAAAAGGAGCAUCUCCUGCUCAGCACUGAGCUGUACUUCCUGCCCCUCAAGUCUGUUGAGGGUAAGAACAAUCACAGUAAUUGACUGAUUGUCAUGUAAUAAGAAAGCACUGCCAUGGGCUCGGUAUCUUUGGACACAUGGCAGAGCCUUACAGAACAAGUUUCAGAUUCUUAACUGUUUCCUCCUACCUCCCUUACCUUCUCCACAUCUGCUCUGCAGCUUGAACUGAGUAAUCCCUUCUUUUCUCAAACCAUAAGUCUCCUGGGGACACUAAGCAACCUCUACUACAGCAAUAACCAUCAUUCAUGCCACCAUCUAAGAGGGUAACAAUCUCACCAUCAGCCAGUUGUGAACACUGAUCAUAUUUCUUUUUCCCACCACAUCAAUCCAUGCAGACCAUGCCCCUGUGAAAAGCCAGGACUUCUCUUCCUCCUUGCCUCUCCAUGGCAUCCCCUGCCCCUUUGCUGAUCUUUCAAACACCACUCCCCAGGGUCAGGGCUCCAUUCCUCAGCGUCUCCAUACUGGAAGAGGACAGAAGACCUCCUACGCCAGGAUAAUUUUUGUGUGUUUAGGGGAAGAGGCCAAAGUUUUCCAGAUUCUUUCUAUAAGGGAAAUGAACUCCUCUCUUGCUAAUUAUUAUGCCGAGAAAGCCUUUGCCUCUUUAUUCUCUACCUUGUCCAGACACCCUCAGUACCUUAGCAAUAAAAGAAAGAAAAUUUGGACCUGUCAGAGUCCAUGUCACAUGGUAUUGUAACUUUCCAUUCUCUGGUUGCUGGAGCCAGCAGGCUGUGAGUCGCGCGGGGAAGCAUCUUGUCUCGUCUAUCUCUGUGUGCAGAGCCCAGCGCAGCGCCUGGCACUGAGUGGAUGUGCAGUAAAUGCUCACCCUCGGGUGAAUGGGGUGAAUGACGAGAGUUAGUUAGCAUAUUUGAUAGGACAGGUACUUUCAAUUAUUUGUUAUACGUGAUUAAUCACUUUUAUUACACUGUAAGUUUUCAUUCAAGUAAUGAUGUUAUACUAUAUAUUAUACUACUCUAUAUGAUUCAAUACAACAAAGUUUUUGAGCAACUAUAUGCAAAACAAUAUGUGAGUUUCUGUGUGAUGUAUUGGGUCAACUAUAAGACCCUUUCUCCAGAACAGAUAUUCUCAACAUUUUUCUUACUUCAAAAUACUUAGCAGAUAGUACACAUGGGAGUGCUCAGAUUUUGAGGAAAAUAAACUUGAGGAAAUAGAAACAAAACUGUUUUCAGAAUUUUAGAGGAGAGAUUUCUAGUAUAUAUUUUACAAACAUAAAUCAUGAAAUGAGGCAUUUAAAGAUCUCAGAAAUUAUAAUUUUACAAGAAAAAGAAAUAGAACCAAUUAUUCAAUAGUCAAACUUUACUUUUAAAAAAAAUGAGUUGACUUUUUUCCGGAUCAUCACCCCAAAGGUAGUGUUUUUAAGGUACGUAAGUAGUGCAGCAGAAAUACAAAUGAACUUCAUUUUAUUGUUUAAAAAUAAUAUGUAGAAUAUAUAGAUUUUUAACGUUAUUAAUAUAACUAUUUUUGGAAAUUUUACUUUUGUCAUUGAUUUGUCUACUCUUGAUUUGAUAACAUUAGCUGCUUUUCAAUCUGUUGAAUAGGAAUGUUUGUAACUUCCCACUACUCUGUGUACAAUGUAAUUGUAUACCUGCCUUGUUUCUAAUUAAACAUAUCCAUAAAUAAAGUUUAAAAGGAAAUAGAAGUAAUUAUAAAAUCAUAAUUUAGAAGCUCUAUAAUAAUUAUUCAUUGCCACAGCAAUAACUCCUAACAGUACUUCAGAAAUGGUGUUUGCUAUUAGCUACAGCAUAGAUAAGAUACACUGUACAUAUUAUUCUUGAGAUAGUUACAGAGCCAUAACUCAAAAAGCAGUUCAUAAACAAGCUGAUGAGAAUGAUGUAACCUGGAAUCUCAUAAAUACCUUCUUAAACGUAUCAAAAUAAUAAGCACAUGGGAAAAACAAAACCAAAAUCAAAUAGUGCAGAGACUUUACAGUGGAAAGCCAUCU